AUGCUUAUCUUCACCUUGCGGGUCCACUCGGUUUUCAAAAGAAAGAGUCAUCUGAUUUUUGAUCAACUAUACGCAUGGAACGUCUGCCGUGUCGAGCAGCCAGACCGUCCGGGCAGCUCAAUCCAGCUUCGUCUGGGAUCUGAACGCUCGCGGCAGUUCCACAGUGAAGAUGUGUUUUCCUUGACUUUUCCUCCCCAUCAUCAUCUUUUUGCCUUUAUCCCCAUGUCAUUCGCACCGUUUUUCUUCCGAGCACCGGCCAUGUUCUUGCGCUCCCAGCGAGCAGAUACCAGAUUACCCCCGCCAGUCUUGUUUCCUAGUGUUUAA